UUAACGACGGAGCUUCUCUCCUUCUGCACACGCGGGUAUAUUAUAUAUAAAUCGGACCGGACACCCGAGAGAGUCGCUUCUUCUUCGCGUUUUGCCUUUUUUUAAUAUUAAUUAAUUAAUCAAUUAUUGUCGUUCGAUCGAUUGGCGUUGCAUCGAGUACGACGAUACAAAAAAUUCAAGUUACGGUUGGUCUGUUUGUAGUAAACAAGACGAUCGUUCGAUUGCAGCAACCCUAGUCAACGUGUGUAUACCGUCGACGUCGUUGGCCUGCAAUUUCGGAGUCUACUACUACUACUUACUACUCAUCUCGACCCCGUUUUUGGACCAAGCUUUUGUUUAUUAUAUACGAGGAGCCGCAAAACGUUUAUUAGUGUGUGGUGCUGUUAAAUAAUAAUAGUAAAAAAAAAAAGUAAUAAUAAUACAGUGUGCGUGUGGCCGUGCGUAUACACCAUCCAUACCUGCAGCAGCACUACAGCCUGGCGCGUUCAUCACUGUCGGACCAGCAGCAACAGCAGCGGCGGGAACGACUGUAUUUCGCACCGUUAACCCACAGAUUCAAGCAACGAGGAAUGGUUCGAGGACGAACUAGCGCUGUCUUCGGCGGCUCACUACUACUGCUGAUCAGCUUCGCCAUCUUCUUGGAUCGCACCGUGAGCGCCAAUCCGGUCGGAAGCCCGACGUCUUCCGCCGCCGUCGACUCUGCGCCGCCGCGCGUCUACGCAGUGGGAAUCGAGCUGCGCGAGCUCGACUACGAGGACGCCUGCAAGCCCCUGGCCGAGGCCGAGUGGCAGUUCGUUCACGACCCGAGCGAUCCCUACGCGGCCAAACAAUGGAAAGAGGCGGCUAACAACUUCGCCCGCUACCGUAGAGAGGAGAGCAAGAUCACGGCCGAGCAAUUGAACGGCACGAUAAGCGCCGAGUCGACCUGGGGCUACAAGCUCGACGUGAUCGAGCAUCCGGGCGACGCGGCUCUCAGCGAUUCCGAUUACAAUAAAUUGGUGACGCUCGUCGCGGCUAAUCGCGCGCUCAAGGCGACGACCAGAUACAACGAUGGGGCGCGAAAUCUCACCCGCCAAGAAGUCGAGGCUCUGCUCGCGCACAAUGGCAAGGAGGGUGAAAAGUUGAAAGCCUGGACCUUUUGGCACCAGCAGUACGCCGCUCAACUCAAGGAUUACUCGAGCGUGCUACAGCUCACUCAAAAAGCCGCCCUAGAAAAUGAAAAAUCCGACGUGCGCAGCUAUUGGGAAAUGCUGGUCGGCGAGGCCGACGCCUACGAGCAUCUCAAGUAUCAAUUGGACGGCCUGAGCGAGCUGCAGCAAAAGCUCGUGAAUUUCGCGCGCAAACGCCUGGCGAAGAAGUACGGCGCCGCGGAAAUGGCCAACGACAGCCUGCCCGCGCACUUGCUCGGUUCUCUGAGCGGCAACGAUUGGACGUAUUUGGCCUUUGACGUGAUGCCCGAGCCCGACGUAGUUUUCAAUCUCAGAAAGAAGUUCUGGGAGAAGAAAAUGAUGGGCAAAAUGCUGUACAAAUCGGCGUCCUCGUUGGGCAAGAAAUUUUUAGGUACGGCCCCGCUGUCGGACUUUUGGACCGAGAGCAUCUUCAAGGACAAGUGUCCGACCAAACUAGUCAAUUUCUGUCUUAAGGAUAAAUUGAGAGUGUCCACUUGCUACGAGCCCUCGCUCUCGAAUUACCUGACCGCGCACAAAAACAUUGCCAAAGUAUUACUGCACCAAAUGUCGUCCAAGAGUCCCAUCAUCGCCGAGUCCAAUCGUUACUCCGUCUUGGAGGAGGCCGUGUCGGAAUUCUUCUCGAUUCUCGCGGCGAGCCCGGCCUGGCUGAAGCAUCUCGGCCUGCUGGACAAGUCGAUGGGCGAGGAGGAGGCCAAGAUCGCGUCCAUGACCAUCACGGCCCUGGACGUGCUGCCGAGACUGGCGUACUACGUCGCCGCCGACAAGUGGAGGCUCGACGCGCUCGAGAAAAACGAGACGCAGGACUUGAAAAAAUUGACCUCCGACUGGUGGAGCAAUAGAUUGCAGUAUGAGUUCGUUACCUCGGCGACCAACGAUUUGCCAACUUUCUUGGACGACGAGCAUAUCGUUGGCAAUAGGCCUUACUUGUCGAAGGCUUUGGGCAUCCUGUUGGCUUUCCAGAUGUACGACUACGUUUUCAAAUCGACCGAAAUCAGACAGGAACCAUUCGACAAAAGCCUCUUCAACAGCCACAUAGUGCACAUGGCGCAGAGGAGCUCGGACAACUGGAAGUUCCUGAUCCGAAAGUACAUGGACAUCGAGACCAUACAGUCGGGCAAGAUCAGCGAAUACUUCGAGGAGCUCGAGUACUUCAUGGAGAGCUACGACGAGUCCGCCGAGAGCUACGACUUCAACGCGCGCGAGCUCGAGCUCGAGAAGAUGGAGAGCGACUAUCGCAAAGUGGCCAACGCGCCGCGCCCAACGACCACCACCACUACCAGCACCACGACAACGACCACGACUACGUCGAGGCCGAGCGGCAACGGCAGCGGCAGCGACAGCGGAAGCGAGUCGACCUCGAGGCCGCCCAUGAAAGCCAAGACGCCGACGAUCAAGUCGAUGGACAGCGCCGACGACGACAAAUCGGCGAUCAAGCCGCUCGACACCAACUACUGGGACGAGAGCGAGCGGAUGCUCGAGGACGAGCAGGCGGCCUCGGACGAGGCCAAUCGCGCCCAGAAGGCCGGCGCGAGCAGGGCCGUGUGGGCGGUGGGCGCGGUGCUCGUCGCCACGGUGGUCAUCUGCAUCAUCGCGAUAGUCGGCCGGCGACGCUGCUCCAAGACGCCGAAGAACCGACGCUACGUCUAGGAUUUGGCCGAGGCGGCGGCGUCCGAUACCCCGCCCCACCAAGGGAGGAUACACGACGACGGCGAUGACGACGACGAUGUUGUUCCCGAUCUCGCAGAUGCCGAUCGACUGUCACAUUCCAUUGUUUUACGAUUAAACAAAGACGACGACGAAGAGGAGGAUGAGGAGGAAGAGGUCGAAAGAAUUUCGUAAAUGCUCGACGCUCUUUUUGUGUGAUAUAACCGUGUGAACUGAUGCAUUUUUUGGUCGAUCAGUCCUCGAUAUCUUUUCGAUCUUCCUCCUGCUGUUCUAACAAAAAGAAGCAUUGUUCAGCUCGUAUAAGCUCGUCGUCCGUAAGAUACGAUAAUGCCAAAUAUAUGUAAUAAAAUUAUUGAAGCUUGCGGGGGUGUCUCUCACGUACGAGCCGUGAAAGACUUGUCAUAGGAAAGAAAAGUAUAAGAGUAUCAUCGCUUAUCGAUGAUUUUACAAUAAUCAAUCGCGAAUGACCAGUAUUUGUGCUUCGCUGAAAAUAUAUUGAAAUCCGCAUUGACUUCCAAUGGUGAAAAUUGAGUAGCUAGAGGUAUAAUGUGAAAGUUUUUUGUCGUAAAAGUACUGCCAUUUUAUGAACGUCUGUUUUUUGUAAAAAUGUUAUAUUCUAAGCCGGAUUUUUUUUUUUAAUAACCAAAAUUUCGUACUUUUUCAUUUUUGCAACGUGUGUAUACCAGAAGUAGACUUUUUUUAGUAGAAGAUGACGUCUUUUUGCUUUGUGUCAAAAUGUCGAUAUUCUCGCGCGUUUUUAUAUCGUGUAAAUAUAUGUAGCAGAGAAUUUUUAUAAAACGCGAAAAGAAUGACAUUUACUCCAAUCAAUAGUUGCGUAAACUCGCGCAGAGAGUCGCACGUUGAUCGCGAGUGAUCUUUUGUAAGCGAUGCAAGAAAUCUAUGGAGUGAUGAGAAUUGUCGCAAUCAACAGUAUUUUCUAUGUACUGUAUAAUUGAAUAAGUUUAUGUAGUAUGACAAUGUUAUUUGGUAGGCUCAUCGAUGUAUUUUUACGUGAUUUUCAUAGUGUCGAAGAAGUAUGUUUUCCAACGAGAAUCAUGAAAUCCAAGUUAGUUCCUCGCAUAAUAAGUUUUGUUUUGUGGUUGUUAUAUGAAUGAGUGCUCACAUUAGAAUAAAAAAAGUAAAGCACAAAAACUCUGAAUUAUCGCCUAUGUACAUAGAAUGAAAAAUAAGAGCAUCAAGUAGAUUUAAGGUAAACUAUUACGAGAUUUAUGAUAAAAAAAAUUAUUAUUACUGUAGAUAAAUCGUAAACCGGUCGCGUUUCUUUGUUUUUUUUUUGUUUUUUUUUAAGGUGCGUUUUUAGCGUAAUGAACUCGUGUAUAGUGGUCAAUUUUUUAUGCCUGUAAUUUAUACACAUAUAUAAAUCUUGUUGUAUUGUAAAUUGGUCGCAGAGAGGCGAGCACGCGCGCCACGACUGGCUAAACAGUCAUUGUAUUUGUAAUGAAUGAAUCUAUUUGGACGUUGCUGCGUCAAUGUCGCGACCGUCGCGCAUUAUUUAUGCACUCGUUAUGAGAAAAGUGCCCGUGUCGUGUGCGUUUGCGAUUAACGAGUGCGUUAGUUUGCAAUGACUCGUAAGGAUUUAUAUUUUUUAUAAAAAUGAUUUAUCUGUACCGAUAUGCAGCCGCGUACGAAUUUAUAGAAACGAAUUGAAAUAAAAGAUUACAACGUAAGGUACAGGGAAAUAA